CUCAGAGGAUCUCAAGGUGGGGGCUGCUGACGAACCACGAUGGGCAUCAGUUAGACAACAAAACUUCCCUCUCUCCAACGUGUUCUUGCACAGUCUCAUUUUGACGACAAAACGAUCAUGACAGAACAAGAAGCAUUCUGGAUCCAGACAGAAGACUGGCACACUGCCGGCGAGCCCUUCCGCAUCGUCCCAGAUCUACCACCCCACUGCACGACAACGGGAAACACAGUAUGGGAACGCCGCCUGAAUAUCAUGAAGGAACCGAGUCAUCCUCUGGAUCAACUACGCCAAUCUCUCUGCCAUGAGCCCAGAGGUCAUGCUGACAUGUAUGGCGGUUUCAUCGUGCCCCCGAACGACUCUGGCGCCCAUCUCGGUGUUCUAUUCUGGCAUAGAGAUGGCUUCUCCACUGCCUGCGGUCAUGGAACCAUCGCUCUAGGCCGCUAUGCAGUAGCCAAGGGACUUGUAGACUCAGUACAAGACGGCCCAGUCAAAGUCAUCAUCGACGUACCUUCUGGCAGAGUAGCGGCAGAUGUGAACUUCAAAGAUGGCAAAGUGAUCCAUGUGGAUUUCGUAAACGUCAAAAGCUACCAAUUCGCCAAAGACAUACCUAUAAGUGUAACUGCACAUGGAGGAGAAACUCUACAUCUCAGCGUCAAUAUAUCUUGGGGCGGAGCUUCAAUCGCAUCUGUCGAUGCUCGCGAUAUCGGGAUUGAAAUAGAGCCAACCAACUCCCAACGCUUCAUCGAACUGGCCAGUCAGAUCAAAACCAAACUUGGAAAACAAGGCGAUCACGCGGGAACUUCCCUCUACGUCGUAUGUUUCUUCCAAACCCUCAGCGACAACUCCCAAGCCAUCGAGCAGAAAAACGUGGUCGUCUACGCAGAAGGCGCGAUCGACAGAUCACCCUGUGGCAGUGGAACAGGCGCCCGAGUUGCAGUUUUACUGGCCCAAGGGAAAUUGAAUGGUGGAAAGAAACUCAUCCAUCAUUCCAUCAUCAACACGACUUUUGAAGCCAGCAUUGUUUCGCAGCAGCAGGAUGAGGGUGCAGAAUUUCCGACUUGCAUACCCAAAGUCAGAGGUAAUGCUUUCCUCACUGGACGGCACAGUUUCUAUAUCGACCCGAACGAUCCGACGUAUCCGGGCUUCUUCUUCAGCUAA